CUCGUCUCUUUCCUUCGAAAUUGUGAAAUGGAAAUAUGGAUUCAGUUUGAGAGCCCGACGUUUUUGGUUUAUUUCAAUUUUCAAUUUUCUGCAAUUAUUUUUAUUAAAUUUAACGGCUGAAUGGCAAAAACCGGAUGAGCGGCUUGAUCUGCUCGAGCGGUUAACCGCUUCGGCCGCUUGUCAAUCGCUACAUAAAACCAGAGCGGUGUUUAAACUGUUCCGAGCCGAUUUUAUGACCGGGUGACGAUUUUACCAGUCGGACCGAGCGGCUCGGCUCGACUUUAAUAACACUGAUAAUAAAAAUACUUUUAAGAGCUACUUUAACGCUUGAUGGAGUACUCAUCUCAACACUACACCAACUUCACCAUAGGGCCCGUUAAAACCACUUGAACUAAAAAAAUCGGAUCAACUUUACAAAAGACACCAAAAUAUAUGCCAUCGCUUAAGUCUCGACCGAUUUUCUUCAUGAAGAUUACUGGUAGUAGUGAUUUUUUAUUUUUAUUUUGAUAACUUGCUUGAAACUUUAUUACUAUCUCAUAAGCUCAUUAUGGAUCAAAACUCAAAAGUAGUAAUAAGGAAAUAGAAGGUCUAGUAAACCAAACUUCGGUUUCCCCCAAAUCCCAAUUACAUUUUACGGGUGAAAUACCUCACAUACCACUAAACUUUGAGAAUUGGGGCAAGGAUAUCACUAAAAUAAAAAUAGGGCAUUAGAUACCAUAAAACUCAAUAAAUUGUGCAUCCAUCCAUUUUUUCAUCCAUUUGACUAACGGUUAACAAAAUUAGCCAGAUCAGCCUAUAUAAAAACAAAAAUUUGCCACGUCAUCAAUCAUAUUUGUCCAUCUUUCGUCUAUUGACUCUAUUCCCUCUCCAGAAAUCGAAAAUCCAAUUUCAACCAAAAUAAAUUCUACAAACCCAUCUUUUAAUCAUCUCCCAACCUCAGCUUCGAACUCUAAUCUUGAGGAUGAUGAUCAGAGUUACUCGUGUUAUUCCCAUCCAGACAGGGGCGGAUUUAUGGAGGUUUAGGGGUAUCCCGGGACACCCCUAAAAUUUGGGAAAAUAAUUAUCGAUCCCCUAGUAGUAGAAUCUAUAUGGCGAAAUGCUCCACAGAUCACAAACCUACAUCAUUAUCAGGUGGAAUUGUUUUACUCGGUUCUUGAUAUGCAGUUGCAAGAGUUGAACAACCGCUUUGAUGAGGUGAACACUACAUUGUUGACUUGUAUGGCUUGUCUUAGCCCAGAGAAUGAGUUUGCUCCUUUUGACAAGGAGAAACUGGUAAGACUUACUCGAUUUUAUCCUAAAGAGUUUGGUCACUUAUCUGACUCUUUUCUUCUACGGGACAUUGAGAAUUACUAUCAUUGCAUUAAGAAUGAUGAGUUAUUCCGUGGGUUAAAAGGAAUUGAUGAAUUAGCUCAAUUGAUGGUAAAAACAAAGGUGAAUCUUUCAUAUCCAUGGAUCUAUUUGCUUCUCAAGGUUGUAUUAAUUCUACAAGUUGCAACAACAAGUGUUGAAAGAGCUUUUUCAGCUUUGGUUUACAUCAAGAACAAGCUUCGGAAUCGAAUGGGAGAUCAGUUCGUGAAUGAUUGUCUUGUAGGUAUAUUGAAAGGGAUUUGUUGUGCAAUGUAGACACAGAGUGUAUUUUGCAAUUUUUUCAGAAUAUGAAAACUCGUCGUGGACAAUUGUUGUAACUUAUACUUAUCGGUAUUUUUUUGUUGAAUACUAAUCGGAUAAUUUCUUAUUUAAGAAUUAUUUAAGUUUUAAUUUUUUUUUAGAGGACACCCCUAUUUAAAAUUUAUGGAUCCGCCACUGCAUCCAGAGACUUUUAAUUUCACGCCCAAUUGUGUUCCUCUUAUCAAGUCGUCGCAUCGGAUUCCUUCGCGUCUAUCUUCAUCUUCUUCCUCUACCAGUUGCUCUUCCUUCGCCGAUGUUGGAGCCUCUUCCUCAUCUCUCCACGCCUGCUCCGAACAGCCUCGAGCUCAGAUCUACCAACUUCGGCACGUCUCUCACCGCCUUAUUCUCCUGCAUCAUCUCAACCGCAACCAUUGUUCUGAGCAUCCGCAACAGUUAAACCUCGCCUUGCAAUUGGCUUGUCCGGAAUCGAAAGGCAAAAUUAUACCAACCAUCGUCGAAAUCGCAGCGAGCAUCAUUGUCGCGAUCUGGGAUGCAGUUGCAGAGACGACAAUCUCGUGGCCCUGGAUGUCUAAAGCAGGCUUUCUUCCUCUCUUAAAGUAAUCAUUAGUAAAUCCUCAUUGGUCCAUGAACUUACAUAUUUAGACACCAAUUAGGAAUUCACUCCUCCCACUAGAACUGGGGAAAGAAGCUGGCAAAGAGUUUCAGGGGAGAGGGGGGAGAGGGAGAGUGAAUAGAGAGUUGCUAGUUUUGGGUGAUGUGUUUAUUAUUUAUUUAUGGGAUGGGUCAUGGGAGUAGAAAUAAUAGAAUAAGGAUUGG